CUUUAGAUUGAAUUUCAUCAAAAACUUUUCUAUUCUUAGCAAAAAUAAAAAUGAGAGAGCUUCUUCAUUUUCAAGUUCUUGUUCUUUUCAAGAUCUUGAUUACUAAAUUCAUCACUGUUUCUGCUUCUUCUUCUUCUGCUUCAAAUCCUUCUUUAGCUCCGGUUUACUCUUCCAUGGCUACAUUCUCUCCUGGAAUCCAAAUGGGAAGUGGUGAAGAAAACAGAUUUGAUGCUCAUAAGAAACUUCUGAUUGGUCUCAUAAUCAGCUUCUCUUCUCUUGGCCUUAUAAUCUUGUUCUGUUUAGGCUUUUGGGUUUAUCGCAAGAACCAAUCUCCAAAAUCCAUCAACAAUUCAGAUUCUGAGAGUGGGAAUUCAUUUUCCUUGUUAAUGAGACGACUCGGCUCGAUUAAGACUCAGAGAAGAACAUCUAUCAACAAGGGUUACGUGCAGUUUUUCGAUAUCAAGACGCUUGAGAAAGCAACUGGCGGUUUUAAGGACAGUAGUGUAAUCGGACAAGGCGGUUUCGGAUGCGUUUACAAGGCUUCUUUGGACAACAAUGUGAAAGCAGCGAUCAAGAAGAUCGAAAACGUUAGCCAAGAAGCCAAACGAGAAUUUCAGAACGAAGUUGACUUGUUGAGCAAGAUCCAUCACCCGAACGUUAUCUCAUUGUUGGGCUCUGCAAGCGAAAUCAACUCGAGUUUUAUCGUUUAUGAGCUUAUGGAGAAAGGAUCCUUAGAUGAACAGUUACAUGGGCCUUCUCGUGGAUCAGCUCUAACAUGGCACAUGCGUAUGAAGAUUGCUCUUGAUACAGCUAGAGGACUAGAGUAUCUCCAUGAGCAUUGUCGUCCACCAGUUAUCCACAGGGAUUUGAAAUCUUCAAAUAUUCUUCUUGAUUCUUCCUUCAAUGCCAAGAUUUCAGAUUUCGGUCUUGCUGUAUCGCUUGAUGAACAUGGAAAGAACAACAUUAAACUAUCUGGGACACUUGGUUAUGUUGCCCCGGAAUAUCUCCUAGAUGGGAAACUGACGGAUAAGAGUGAUGUUUAUGCAUUUGGAGUGGUUCUGCUUGAACUCUUGUUGGGUAGACGACCGGUUGAGAAAUUGACACCAGCUCAAUGCCAAUCUCUUGUGACUUGGGCAAUGCCACAACUUACCGAUAGAUCCAAGCUUCCAAACAUUGUGGAUGCGGUUAUAAAAGAUACAAUGGAUCUCAAGCACUUAUACCAGGUUGCAGCCAUGGCUGUGUUGUGCGUGCAACCAGAACCGAGUUACCGGCCGUUGAUAACCGAUGUUCUUCACUCGCUUGUUCCACUGGUUCCAGUAGAGCUAGGAGGGACUCUCCGGUUAACACGAUGAUUGACAUAACACGCCAAAAAAAAUCCAAAUCCAUUAAAUGAUUUUAUCUUUUGCCUUUUUUUAUAUUUGUAUAGGGUUAUGAUCCACUCAUCUCAAAGUUUGGGGGUAAGAAUGUGAGAAUAUAAGUUUUUCAGGGUU